AUUCUGUUAGAUUCUUUAAAAUUAUUGUAGAAUAGUAUUUAAAGAUAAGUCUCUACGAUUUUAUACAACAACGUUGUAAGGUGAUAAAGUGUAAAUAAAUUAUUUAAGUAAUCCCAUAAUGAAGUUAUAAAACGAUUGCUCAAUAUAAAAUAGCGGUCUAGGUGUUUUAAUUGUUUAAACAGUGUAAAUAAAUUUGAUAAAUGUGUGAGAGGUAUCCGGGACACCUUUUUGGCACUCCUGUCAGUGGCUGGGACAGGGGGUACAAUCCAUUGGAAAAUCAAAUCCAGCAGCAGUACCGGGGUCGUGGUGUAGGGCCAGGUUUGGGUCCGGGGGCGCGCUGCUGGGGCAGUAUGUCGGAGGGGGGCGGCGUGGCGGCCGCGGCCGACUGCAGGACCAACCUUAUCGUCAACUACCUGCCGCAGACAAUGACCGAGAAGGACCUCUAUGCAAUGUUUAUGACUAUCGGACCUAUUGAGAGCUGUCGUGUUAUGAAGGAUUUUAAGACUGGUUACAGCUACGGGUUCGGUUUUGUGAACUUCACGCGGGAGGAGGACGCCGCGCGCGCUAUUGAAACAUUCAACGGAUACCGACUCAGGAAUAAACGGUUAAAGGUGUCGUACGCGCGGCCCUCAGGGGAUGACAUAAAGGACACCAAUCUAUAUGUGAGCAACCUUCCUCGUGCCGUCACUGAUGAACAACUGGAGACUAUCUUCGGCAAAUAUGGCCGCAUUGUGCAGAAACAUAUAUUACGUGAUAAAAAUAAUGGCACGCCGCGAGGUGUCGCCUUUGUAAGGUUUGACAAGAGGGAGGAAGCUCAGGAGGCGAUAGCGGCGCUAAACAACGUAAUACCCGAAGGUGGUACAGAGCCGCUCAGUGUUAAGGUGGCGGAGGAGCACGGCAAGCAGAAGGCUGCAUUCUACGCGGGCUGGGCGGCUGGAUUCCAGCACAAUAGAGGGCACAGACCUCUGUCAAAGAAAUUAUUGGGACUUAGUCAGCCAUACUGCUCCAUACAAGGUGACUUCUCGUGGAGCUGCGGUAAUUGUAUGGUGCCUGAACCGUGGGAGACAUUCCAGAAUCCACCCCUAGGCGGAAGUCACCCCAACACGCCCAGAAACGGUUGCAGACCGGGCGCCUGUGCUAAUACCAGGGUAUACCCAAACUAUCCCCCGAAUAAAAACAACCCUAGGACUCCAAGACAAGUGAGAAACCUUCCAUGGGCACCGACUUUUCCUGAAGAAAGGUUUAAAGGUCAAAGGUGUAGGAAUGGCACAGCGCCAUAUUGGUGAUGUUGGUUGUACAGUAUUGGUGUAAAGUUGAUUCAUAUUUUGAAAGAUAUGCUAUGAACUCUUGUCAUUACUUGUGUUGUACUGUGUACAUGUAUGAAAUGCGCGUUUUUUUUGGUUGUAUGACUUCGUUGUUUGAAGUUUUUUUAUUGGUGUAGAAGUUCUGUUUGGUCGGAAUGUUUGAAUAUGAUUGGUUUAAAUAAGUUUAGGUUUUUUUUUAUGUGUUUUCUGGUAUACUUUGUCAGAAAUGUACACAGUAAUACAUUUUUGAUGUUGUAAAUUU